CGUGCGGGUUGGUAUCGGCUCUGAUGUGACGUGUUUGCGCUGGUUUGGUGAGGCGCGAUGCUAAAACUACAAUAGAGACUUCGUCGUUAUAGUUGUGUUGUGUAUCGUUAUAGUUGUGUUGCGUUUCGUUAUAGUGGUAUUGUCCCUUUGCCCCUGCCUCGAAGCAGCUGCUGUAGUUGUGCGUCUUAGAACCGAGUCACUGACUAAUACCGACAUGAUGAUCACCAAACACAAGUGGGACAUGGUUGCAGAUAUAUUUUUUAGCCAAAGGCAUAAUUUAUGUGAUGAUGCGAGGAUCCAUUGCCUGUGUUCCAGAGCCUUUGUGCAAGACUUUGAGUUCUACCGGUCCAACAAGAGAUGCCUCACCUCUGACCUCGCCGACAGGGGGGCCAAAGAUGAAGAUGAAUUUGACAUAGAAGAAGAGGUGAUGGAGGCAGAGGAGGGGACAGAGGACAAAGAGCUGUUGGAUGAAGAAGCACAACUGAUGGCCAGUAUGGGCCUGCCGGUUGCCUUUGUCAGUUCCUCUGCCAGGAGGAGAGCUAGGGGAAAGUCAAAUAGGAGCACUGCCAGAUCUCAGGCACUACUACCUCAUGAGGAGGGGGAUGAAGAUACCAUUGUUGAGAACCAAGUUGAGAACCAGAAAGUUUCUGAUCCUGUGGAAGAAAAAAAUGGCGACAAAGAAGAGAAACAGAGCACCAAAGAGAGCUGGACUACCUAUUGGGCUCAACAGGGCAAAAGUCUGCUAUGGAGCAGCUGGCUGGAGAAAUAUCCAGAGUUUCAGUCAUUAUCCCCCAGCAACCCAGAAAUGCUGUAUUGGAAGUGCGGAGGGAGAGGAAACUAG